UUAAAGGUGUUUUCGGCAUAUGUUUACCAUUUUUACGCGUAAAAAAUCGUUGUUUAUUAUAUUGAACCUCAAUAGAACCAACAAAUUUUUUUCCGCGAUUCUCAAAUGUCUGUACCGCCGAAAUUCGCCGGUACCGGCCUGGAGGAGGUCAACGUUCCCGGACAAGCCUACCUACGAGACGCUUUAUCCUGCUGUGACGAUCCGUUAAAAGCGAUCGAAAACUUCCAGCUAGAGAAUGGCAUCCUGCUGCCCUCGCUGAGACCGAUGCUUCCGCUGCUGGAUCUGCACGGUGUUCGGCGGCUUGAUUUUCACACCUCGGUUCUGGAGGAGCUCCGGGACAAACUGAUUGCCCACAUCAACGAGGUGGGUGCUAAGGAAGGACGGGAACGGGACCGGAAGCUGAAGGAACUGCUGGUGAAGAGUUUCCCGGUGGUCAGGGUCAAAGCGCUGCGACCGGUGGUGAUGUGUAUCCUGAGGAACACGAGCCACAUCGACGAUAAGUAUUUGAGGAUUUUGGUUCGAGAUCGGGAGUUGUAUCAGGACACGGAUACCGAGGUCAAACGGCAGAUCUGGCGGGACAAUCAGUCGCUGUUUGGUGACGAAGUUUCGCCACUGCUAUCGCAGUACAUUCGAGAGAAGGAGCACAUUCUAUUCGAUCACAUGAAUUUGAACAACUUGUUCUUUACGCCCACCCCAAAGGUUCGUAGGCAAGGGGAAGUGGUACAGAAGUUGGCGCAUAUGAUUGGGAACAGCGUUAAGCUGUACGAUAUGGUGCUGCAGUUUUUGCGAACGUUGUUCCUGAGAACAAGAAAUGUUCACUACUGUACCUUGCGGGCGGAAUUGCUGAUGGCGUUGCACGACUUGGAAGUGCAGGACAUAAUUUCGGUGGAUCCUUGUCACAAGUUUACCUGGUGCUUGGAUGCCUGUAUCCGUGAGAAGAACGUCGACAUUAAACGAUCUCGCGAGCUGCAGGGUUUCUUGGACAACAUCAAACGUGGACAGGAACAAGUGCUGGGCGAUCUCUCCAUGACGUUGUGCGAUCCGUAUGCCAUCAAUUUCCUGGCUACUUCCGCGAUUAAAAUUUUACAACAUUUGAUCAACAACGAAGGUCUCCCGCGGGACAAUACGAUUUUGAUUCUGCUGCUGAGAAUGUUGGCGUUGGGACUUUCUGCUUGGAUCAUGAUCGAUUCGCAGGAUUUCAAGGAGCCCAAGCUGGACAGUCAGGUGGUGACAAAGUUCUUACCGGCGCUGAUGUCACUCAUGGUGGAUGAUCAAGUUCGUAACUUGCACUCCAAAUUGCCUCCGGACGAGCGCGAGAGUGCCAUCACAACGAUCGAACACUCCGGACCGGCUCCGGAUGCAGUGGAAGCCUACAUUCAGGAGAGCUCCGUCGCUUCGAUUCUCGCCAUGUACUAUACCUUGCACACGGCUCGCCAGAAGGAUCGCGUCGGAAUCCUUCGGGUGAUGGCCAUCCUGGCGUCCUGCAAAGACGACCGAGCCUACGAGGAUCCAUUCCUGCAUUCGCUGAUUGCUCUGAUGAUUCCCAUGUCGGAAGAAUUUGCCAACGAAGACUUUUGCACAGGGCUGUUCGACGAGUUCCUGUUUGCAGGUCUGACGCGGGACAACGUAACGCGGCACAUGCUGAAGCUGCUUUGGUACGUGCACAACAAGCUGCCCCAGGGUCGACUGCAGACGUUGAUGAAAGCGCUGCAACCGAACGCCCAGCACCACGAAAACGUGCACAAGCUGUACGAGAAUCUGCAGAAACGGGUGAUGACCACCCACCACGAGCCGCUGCCGGAACCGAUGGAGACGGACUUUGAUUCGCCGCUGAAGAGCGUGCCAACACCGGGGCCGCAUUAUGUUUAACUUCUUUCUUUUUUUUUGAGAUAGUAUUUUUAAGGAUUCG